CUUGCUGAGGAUUAAGUAGGCCCACCGAGAUGGAUGAUCUGACAGUCGCAGAUGAGACCGCUGUCUGUUGGUCACUGCGCGUACGAGCGGUGGCUGCUCGACCACUGGCUUUGCAACGGCAGGGGUUCACAUCAAAACGCAGCAGAUACUCCAAUUGAGUAUGCUCAGGUGCAGUCGGGCGCUAGUGAGCAAGGGCGGUUGUCAAGGAUGGGCGCCGAGUACCAUAUCAGGCAAGUGUUUGGAUACGGCGGGUGGUCAAACAACCGAAUCAGUACAAGGCUGCCACAAUUGCCUCGUCGCCAGACGCGCUCACUACGCCCGUCGCCUUGAUAUCACUCGGCGUUUCCGCACGCAUGCAUCAUUGUCCGGUUCAGGGUUCGCGUAUUGUUCUCCCGGCGCGUACCUGUCAAUCGCCCUCGCGUUCGUCUCCGCCUCCACGCGUCAUGAAUAUAAAAGCAUACGGUGCUCGACCGUCAUGCCUCACUCGUUGUCCGCUGAGCCGUCAACGCUUCUUCUUAACGUCUCUCCUGUUCUCGGCUUUUUCUAUUCUUAUUCUCUUCUUUCGCGACGCUAGCCGUCACACAAGCUUUCUACUACCUCACGAACAGACGACAUCUGCUCCCCAUUCUUUACGACCGACCUACUCGCUAGCAGCACAAUGCACUUCCGCUCUCUCCUUAUUUCUGCUGGUCUCCUCGCCGCGGCCGCCUUCACCAACGCCGCUCCUACGAAGGUUGCUCGUCAAUCUGGUGUCCCCAAGAUUGUCGUUGCGCACCAUAUCGUCGGCCUUACGGCUAGUUUCACGAUCGACGACUGGAAGUCCGACAUCCAGCUUGCCCAGGCUAACGGGAUUGACGGCUUCGCGCUUAAUGUCGGAAACGAUCCCUUCACCAGCACUCAGACUGACCUCGCUUUCCAGGCAGCCGAGCAACUUAACUCGGGUUUCAAGCUCUUUUUCUCAUUUGACAUGAGCUCCCUCCCGUGUACAACCGCUGAUGGCGGCGCGACCCUCCGCUCCUUGACCAACCAGUUCGCGAGCCGCACUCCUCAGCUGACAGUUGACGGCAAGGCAUUUGUUUCGACCUUCGCCGGAGAGUCGUGCACUUUCGGCGCUGCGGACGUCCCGACUGGCUGGAGGACGCAGUUCACCCAGCACCCCGACACUGUCGGCAAGGUUCACUUCGUCCCAUCCUUCUUCAUCGAUCCCGCUACAUUCAAUACAUUCACCGGUGUCUUGGAUGGUGCAUUCAAUUUCAACUCUGGAUGGCCGCUUGCCAUCUCGGAGGCCAACGCAGCCCAGACGGUCCCUGACGCUGACCUGACCGCAGCCACAUUCAGCGCGCAGGGCGAGACCGAGCUUCAGAAACUCGUUGGCGCGUUCGACCCCGAUACUUCGUUUAUCAACGGUUUGGCUGGCGUCCAGGGUAGCGCCCAGACCUACAUGGCUGCUGCCGCACCGUGGUUCUUCACCCACUUCGGUGCUGACACCUUCAACAAGAACUUCGUGUUCGACGGCGAUGAACACCUCUGGGUUUCUCGAUGGGAGACUUUGGUCGCUAACCGCGACAAGGUUAACCUCGUCGAGAUCUGCACCUGGAACGACUUCGGCGAGUCCCACUACAUUGGUCCUCAGCACGGUGACCUUCCCCCCGGCUCUGAUGCCUGGGUCGACGGCUUCGACCACUCUGGCUUCCUCAGCCUCACGAACUUCUUCGCGACGCAGUUCAAGACUGGUACCGCUCCUGCCAUCUCGCAGGACCAGCUCGUCCUCUGGGCACGCCCGCACCCCAAGAACGCUACGCCCAACGACCCCGUCGGCCCCCCCAAGGACUUCCAGCUCUUCCAGGACAAGAUGUGGGCCGUGGUCCUGGCCACUGCCGACGGCUCCCUCACGCUCUCGAGCACCGACAGCGACGCGCAGACAUUCCCCAUCACCGCUGGUGUGAACAAACUGUCCCUCCCGAUACAGCCCAACGGGUCCCUGCACGGUGUGCUCACCCGCAACGGCCAGACCGUUAUCGACCUCCAGGCCGGUAACUUCACCUUCAACCCCAACCCGUCCGCGUUCAACUACAACGCGUUCACCGUUCACGCCACCUCGCAGUAAGCGAGGGCCGUCUUUAUGCACGGCAUGGGCUCGUUGUUGGUGUCUCACUUCUGGGCGAUUGGAUUCGCCGUUCGCACUUUGUUUUGCAGUGGGCGCCGCCGUCCUCCGCUAGGCCCCGCCCCAGCAGCUAGGACACGUCCGGACACGCCGACAGUUUGUCCUGCUGGCCGGGGCCGGUGUCGAGGACGUAUGCCCCGUCAUAUAUCCAGCGCUGUAUCCCUGCUUGUAUCGCCUAGCUUUCGUGGAUUGUAACAUGCUAUCGCGUUCUUGGGUCCCAUCAG